UYUCGUGACCAACGGUCAGUUGCACUGAUUGCCGGCAUCACAGCSGGUCGUAGUGCGAAAUCGUUUUGCCGUCGCCGUCGCAUUUCGAUWCAAACGCUGUCGCCGUCAUCACCAUCAUUUAUAAUAUUACUACGAUUCAAAGGCCGCACCGYCCUGUGCAGACAGUAUUAAGAGAAACCGUCCACGACGAUGAAGUCUUCCGGGCCGGAUCGGCCAGAUGAGCAGCGACCAUCUCGUAAUCAUUACCGYCUGUCUCUGAGGCUGCAGAUCACCACCGUCUUAUUGCUGCUCUUGUACUUUAUCUCUCCGACCUUGUCCCUGAGGAAUGAAGUGUACCGCGAGACAUACACAGACGACGCGGUCAUACUCGAAGCAUAUCCUGCAGAUGAGGGCCACGAUAUCAGUCACGACUAUGAUACGAUGAUGAGUAAUAGCGAUAGCGGCCUUCAAAGCGUCGACAAGUUAAGUACCAACAGGGCAUCGAGAACGAAAAGACAGGGUUCGUGGACGAUGGUGUCGGGUCCGUGUCUGACGAGCAGAGGCACAUUGGGCAAAUGCACRAGUUUUCGGGCGUGCUAUCCAUACAUUAAAGUACCAAACUUUCAGUACUGGGACUCGUGGAUGGCAGGAAUGUACGACGCGUGCACUUAUAUAAGUAUCGACCACAAACAGAUGUUUGGCGUAUGUUGCGAUCACCCGAGCUUCAUCGGAGAGAGUCACAAAGAAGAAGGAAUGAGACCACCCCCGUCGAUGGUAGUGCCACCGAAUUGGCCGCCGCCUUUGCCAACGCAUCCUCCGGACCAUACUAUUCCACCGAUUCCUACACAUCCUCCACAAACGCCACCACCAAUGCCUCCUCAGCAACCGGCUUUGCCACCAUGGCCUCCACAGCAACCAUCGAUACCGUCAUGGCCUCCACACGAUCAUCAAAAUUUCACUACUACUACCCCGMAAAACAAACCUACCACCUCUACCACCACCAGUACCACACCGUCUUAUGUCGACAAUAAUGAGGGGUAUGAUUUUCAAUGUGGGCUGAAAAAYGGUCCACAAGAUCAAGAGAGGAUUGUCGGUGGUCAAAACGCAGAUCCCGGAGAAUGGCCGUGGAUCGUAGCUAUAUUCAAUUCUGGCAGACAUUUUUGUGGAGGAUCUCUAAUCGAUGACACACACGUGUUGACAGCAGCACAUUGCGUUGCUCACAUGAGUUCAUGGGACGUGGCUCGUUUGACAGCAAACCUCGGAGACUACAAUAUCAAAAGCAAAUCUGACGURAAACAUUUAGAGAGAAAAAUCAAAAGAGUCGUUCGGCACAAAGGAUUUGAUCAAAGAACACUGUACAACGAUAUCGCGCUUCUGACUCUGGAUAAACCAGUGAAGUUUGAUAAACAAGUACACCCAAUAUGUUUGCCGACGAGCAGAUCUAUGUACGCGGGACAGACGGCCACUGUCAUCGGCUGGGGUAGCUUGAGAGAGAGUGGACCACAACCAGCGGUUYUGCAGAAGGUCACCGUACCAGUGUGGACAAAUCAGGAGUGCAAGUACAAAUAUGGAAGCGCAGCCCCGGGCGGGAUCGUAGACCACUUCUUGUGUGCGGGUAAAGCAGCAAGAGACUCAUGCAGUGGCGACAGCGGAGGUCCUUUGAUGCUCAACGACGGUAAAUGGACCCAGGUGGGUAUUGUCAGUUGGGGAAUAGGAUGCGGAAAAGGCCAGUACCCAGGAGUAUACACAAGAGUUACAAGUUUUAUGAAUUGGAUUACAAAAAACUUGAAAACGUAAAUUGAUAUAAGCAUAGUAUUAUAUUUACCGUUAAUAAUCGUGUCUCGUAAAUU